AAUAAAAAUUCUGUUUUCAACAUGGAAAAUUUGAGACAUCCAAAUAGAGAUGUCGACGUGCAGUAAAAUAUAUGGGUCUGGAGUUAAAGAGAGCUAGAGAUGUGGGAAUUAGCGCACAGGUGGUGUUGAAAGCUGUGGACUGAAUGAGAACAGCAAGAGGCAGGGCGAAGACACCCCGGACUGAGCCCUGGGGACUCCAGUGUUCACAGGUCAGAGACAGGAGGGAGCAGCAGCAGCAGAGUCUGAGAAGGAGGAGCCAGUGAGGCUGGAGGAAAAACGAGGAGAGUCCUGGAAGCCAAACGAGGGAAGUAAAAAGUCCGGGGUGGGGGUGGGGGGGAGAGUGACCAAAUCUGCUGAUGAGGAUGGGAAAUUGGAUUUCGAGGUGUGGAGGAGACCUUGACAAGAGAAGGCUCAGCUGAACGGUGGGCUCCAAAACUAGGGAGGAUUGAAAACAGGAUGGGAGAAAAGGGACUGGAUACAUAGCAUUUAGAUAACACUUUCCAUUUUUUUUUUUUUUUUCUGAACACAAAUGCAGAGCAAGAGGUUAUUAUGGAUUAGGAUGAAGAGAGGUUUUGUUUGCCUUGUUUUUUGUUUUUGUGUAUAGUUAGUGUUAAGAUGGCAGGAAUUGCCCCUGCCCCACCAGCUGGGUAAGAUUGUAGGGAUGGCGGGCAGAGCUGGUUCCAGGCCCAUGCUCUGCCUGCCUGGGAGCCCUACCAGAAUAUCCUGUCUUCCUCGGUAAGAGCUGUGGCAACAUGCUGUUGUUGGAUGGUGUCAUCCAGUGUACAGAGGAAGGAGUUCUCCUACCAGGAGAUGGCAGCCAGCCUGCGCCUCCCCUGCAGCCAUCCCAGCCCAUGCCAGGUGCUGACCAUUGCGUGUGGGGAUGGGGGUGCCCUGCAGGCUGUGGUGAAGCGUUCCUCUGGGGAGUCCGUGGUCCGGUGUGAGAUUGACGAGGAUGUCAUUCAGGUCUCUAAGAAGUUCCUGCUGGGCCUGGCUGUGGGCUCCUCCAGUGCCAAGCUGACCCUAUACAUGGGCGACGGUUUUGAGUUCAUGGAACAGAACCAGGGCACCUUCAAUGUUAUCCUCACAGACUCCUCAGACCCCAUAGGCCCUGCCAAGAGUCUCUUCAAGGAAUCCUAUUACCUGGACCUCAUCGAGGAGAUGUGGCAGUUCUGUAGGUCGCUCUUCCCUUUGGUGGCCUAUGCUUACUGCAUUGUCCCCACCUUCCCCAGUGGCCAGGCAGUCGUCAUGCUGGGCAGCAAAAAUCUGAGCACCAACUUCUGGAAGCCCGUGCAGCAGCUGACACAGAAGCAGGUAGAACAGAUGCAGCUGAAAUACUACAACUGGGAUGUGCACCAGGCAGCGUUUGUCCUGCCCGAGUGUGCUGCCGAGACCCAGGAUGAUGUAAGCUGAGCCCAGGUGCCACUGCCCAGGACGUUGGGCCAGGGAGCCUUCAGGACUCCUGGGCAUGACCAAACCCUUUUGCCCUGCCUGUGUGCCCACCAAGCAAGUGUUACAAGCCCCAGAAUGCUGCCCGAUGGGCCCGGCUGGGCGGACGGUCUCUCAAUGUGGUGUUCGGCCUCCAGGCUUAUACCAGCUGUGUAUAGCCAAAAACAAACAAAAAACCACAGGAAUUACUGUUUGUAAGGUGAUGGGAAUAAUCCAGUAGGGAGAGAAAACCUGAUGAUGCAGGAGUGAGAAGGAAAAAUUUGUGGAAUGACAUCCUUGAGAAGGCAAGAAAGGAAUGGAAUCUGGUCCAUAAGUGGAGAGGUUGGACACCCUUCAUGGCCGUAGAGACCAUUUAUUCUUAUAAAAACACCAUAUGGGGACCCAGGUGGAAUUAGUUCAGUAGUUUUGCUAGUAGGAUCUUGUUGCUUUUUCUUGAUUGCUUCUUGUUUACCUGUGAAAUGAGAAGCAAGACAUUAGCUAAGAUUGCGGAAGGAAGAGAGGAAGAGACCUGGAGAGAGAGGAGAAGGUGUGACACAGUCAUCGGAGAGUGAAUGUUCUGGGAAAUGUAGUAUAAUUUCCUGGCAGCACUGAGAGCCCACUUGAGGUUCCUGGUCAUGAUGAGUGCGUGCUUUUCCCAUUCAAGUCCAGCUUUGGGGAACAGGUGUACAGUAGGCAACGAGUUUGAUUUCACCAACUUGGGGGUUUCUCCCAAGUCAGUUCAGUGAAGCAAGACAAGGCUAAGAGAGUUUCAGGGUGCUUGCAAGGGAGCAGAGGACCAGGGACAGGAGCAGGGUGAGACAAUAGGAUCAGGAGAGUUAGACCUUAGUGGGGCUUGAUAAUUUUUGCAGUUGGGGUAUUGGAGAGAGUAAACUGGAAAAAUAGGAAGUGUUGGUUGGAGAAUCCAAUCUUUCUCACUGAGGAAGGAAUUACAAUAACAGUACAGACAAGGUCUGAGAUAUGAGCAUUGGAAUGAGGGGCUGGGGCAAUGUGGAGUUGCAAGGACAGGGUGGUGGAAGGAUCACAUGUGCAUGUGGAAAUCCCCAAGAAUUAUGUCAGGAGAGAUGUCUUGGAGAGGUUAACAGUGAGGCAGGGCUUAAAUCUUUAAGGAAUGAUGGGUAGUGUCUCAGGAAUGAGUAGAUGGCUGCCAAAUGAGAUGACCAGAGGUAGGAGAGCAAUCUGAAGAGGGGCAGGCUAAAAACCAAGAAACAGAUGGAAGUGGUGAGUAGCUUUAGGAAUUCAGUCAUAUCAGGAUUUCUCACCCUCAGCACCAAAUUUUGGGCUGGAUUUCUCUGUGUUGUGGGAGCUGUCCUGUGCAUUGUAGGCAUUGUAGGGUGUUUAGCAGCAUCCCUGGCCUCUACCCAUGAGAUGCCGGGGUUCUUUACCCACCUGUGACAACCAAAUAUGCCCAGACAUUGUUAAAUGUCCCUGGGGGCAAAAUUGCCCUCAUUUAAGAACCAGUGAGUUAGAUGAAUAUUGAAAAAGCAUUAGGGUCCCUGGUGUCCUUCCCUAAAGCUCUUUCUACGGAGUGCUGGGGAUGCCAUUCUAAUCCAGAUUAGAGCAGAUUAUGCAAUGAGCAGGAGAAAAAACAAAGUGCCUCUCUUUCUAGGAGUUUGACCGUGAAGGGCUGGAGAAUGAGAGCACAGUAAGCGGAGGAGACUCUGGAGAACCAGAGAUGGUUUCCUUCUGUGGGUCAGAUGGAGCCAUAAACAGAUUUAAAUAUUGAUGAGAAGGAUCCAUGUGAGGGGAACAACUGACCUAGAGAAAAGAGCGGUCUGAAAUGGGCUGUGGAAUGGUUUGUAGAUGUGGAGGAGUCAACGUUAGAUCAGAGGAGCAGCAUCUCCAAAGAUCCAGGAGCAGCAGGUGGAUGCUGCUGGUUUAUGAUUUGUUGGAGAGAAGCAGAGGGAGUUCUCAUCCAACAGCUUCCAUUUUCAGCUGCUGAGAGUGAAGAGAACAGUGAGUGCAGGGGCGGAGGUGGGGGGGAGUUGGCACGUUGAACCAGUUGUGAAAUGGGAGACCAAGCUGGCUUGGAAAACCUAGGAAAAGUUCUAGGAUGUCUGGGGAGUGGCAAGGGCCUGUGUGGGGCUAGCGACCUGAAUUUACAACUAAACCAACCUGUGCUGCUGUGCUUUCUCUAGCAUCACUCAGACACCACGAAAGCAGGUAGCAGGAUUCAGCCCAAGUUAGGGCUUUGCUAGAUGGUUGUGAUGGAAAGAGCAGAAUAUUGGCAAGAGUGCUAUUAAAAUGAUGAGCUGGGAAAUGUAACUAUACAAAAGGAGGGGAGGGAAAGAAAUACAAAUCUGCAGAUUGGUUAGAAAAUGUCACAGGGCCUCUGAGGUCAUUGUGCAAUUAGGACAGGAUGUUAGUGGUGGUCAGAAAGGGGGAUUCCUGAGUAAGUGAUUCUGGAAAGGCAAUUUGUCAAGUAAUAACAAGGUCUAGGUUGGGACCUUGGAAGUUAGUGCAUGAAAGGGAGAACAUCAUUGGUGAUAAGAAGUCAAGUUACUAAGGGGUCAAGGUGGCCCAGUCAUGUCUGUGGAUGCAGAUGUCCUUCUGGAUGAGGGAAAACUUGGAAUGGAGAGGGAAAUGUGAGCCAGGGGCCAGAUUUUCUGUGGGCCGGGAGCGUCAGCUGGCAGGUAGGAGACGAUAGGCUCUAGGAAACUCUGGGGUCAUACUCUGCUUGCAGGGACCUAAGGGGAACUAUUUUCAUCCCAAGAACAUUGAGGACUAAUGGUCUGGAAGCAACAUAUAGAAUGAGGUGAAUGUCAACCUUACUUUCUUGCCCCGAGUGUGAAAGGUAUAAAAGAAUAAUCAGAGCCAGCUCCCCAUACGUCUGCAUAUUUUUGUUUGCAGGCUUUGUUUCAGAGUGAUUGAUCAAGUUUUAUUUCAAGGUGGGUUCCCACCUUCAUCCCCUCCCAAACCCCCCCCCCCCCCCAAUCCAGACGUCAUUUUGGUUAUUUCUAGCCUAAAUGGCCCUGAGGCAAAUGAAUUGAUGCUGGGGCUAUUGAGAGAGAUUAUAGUUUAUUUUAUGGGCUGUCCAGAGUCUUUCUGGCUAAUCCCAGAAAUCCAACUGAAGUACCAAGAUCUGCCUCAAGCUCACAAGAUCUUCUGGAUCUGGAAGACUGGGAAUAAGGCAGGACCCUUCUGCUCAAGCAUUUCUUUACUUGGAUUUGUGCUCUUGUAUCUUCUACAAAGAAAUAGGAUGGCUUUGCCUUGUACCUUUUGGCACUAAGUUCACCAAAAUAAAAAAGAAAAGGAACUAAACCAAAACAGGAAACCAAACAAAGGAAGGGUGAUUUGGCAAAAGGAACUCUCAAAAGAAGAAAGGAGACCAAAGAUAGGCUAGUAAGAACUGCUCAGUUGGCCCAUUUGCUAUGGCAGCGAUUCACAUGGCAUUUCAACUUUGAAAGCAUUUUGUACAUUUAAGAGCAAAAGGUGAGGGAAUAUGUACUUUGCCUGAAUAUGGAGGGAAGGGGAUGUACUCUUUUGCUUUAUGUGGCUGAUUCCAAAGCUACAUUUGUUGAUUUGUUAGGAUUGGAAGGUAGGAACAAGAAUAGGCAGCAGUCCAGCAUACAAAGUCUCAGUCAAAAAUCUUUCUGGCUCACUUCUUUGGAAUGCAGAAUGUAUUUUCCCAGAGAAACAGUCAUAAAUGGUGAUUGGACUUCUGGGUCCAGCCAGCCAGACUAGCUAAAGCCAGUUUAACUCAGAGUGCUAACAAAACUGUCAUCCCAUAAUAAUAGUUCGCUGAAACACUCCAGUCUUAUUUUUUCCACUGUUAUUAAAAUUUUAGAAUAAACCUCAAGUCCAGAGUGAGUGCAUGAGUGGAACCUUGUGGAAAAAAAAUGCUUAGCAUGAUGAGUGGAAGAGAGGAUUGGUUUUGAGUUAUUUAGAUUCUGAAGCAGUGUUCUGUCCAGAAUUUGAGGAAGACAGUGUAAUGGUAUGAGAUAACAGACAAGAGCUUAUCAGCUUCCAUAUUCCUUUUGUCUUUUCUGCUAGUGAAGGUGAACUUUAGAUUGAAAGGUUCAAGUCCUGGGAAGGAGCUGUAGAAGUCCAUGCUAGAGGUGCCUGGGUGGCUGUCUGUUGAGUGUCUGACUUUGGCUCAGGUCAUGAUCUCACUGUUCCUGAGUUUGGGCCC